AUGCCCAGCGCACCAACAUAUGGCAGCGGCACCUAUCACCGGCGCAACGAGCAGAUGCGCCGCUUCCUGGUCUCCAAGAAGAAGCAUUACCUUGUCAUGACGCUCGUCGCGCUGGACGUGAUAGGCUUGCUAGCGGACAUCUUGAUCGCUCUGAUCGCCUGCGACAUAGGCAAGAAGGACGAGCCAUGGGUAGGAGAGACGCGCGACGGCAUUCAGCACGCUGGUCUUGCGUUUAGUUGCUUGUUUCUGUUGGAGUUGAUUCUCUGCGUGUGGGCGUUUGGCUUUGGGUAUUUCUCUGACUGGUUUCAUAUAAUGGACGGACUCGUGAUCUUGGCCAGCUUCAUCAUUGACCUGUUGACGCACGGCAUCCUGGAAGAGAUCGCAUCUCUGGUGAUUGUGCUGCGUCUCUGGCGGUUUGUCAAGAUCGUGGAGGAGCUCAGCGUCGGGGCAUCCGAGCGCAUGGAGGAGAUCGAGCAGCAGGUUGAGCUGCUCGAGAAGGAAAACGCCGAGCUUAAGAGUGAGAUUAGGAAGUUCCGGUCAAGUGACGAUCUUGAAGGAACCAAUGCGUUUCUACAAGAUACCACCCGAAGUAUUCAAUGA